UUUGUGGUGGCGCGGCAGGGCAGUACCGGGGAUGGUGCAGUUAUAAACCUUAUUCCUCACCCACGGUGCAGAGUAGUAUAUCGGGACGCUAAGUAGCCGCGCACGCAGGAGCAUCACCACGCACAGGUUAUUCAACAUGCCCGGAUCCCUCCCUGCCGCAGGCGAAUCCUCCUGGCCUAAAGACGUUGGAAUAGUAGCCAUAGAGAUCUACUUCCCGGCGCAGUAUGUUGACCAGGAGGAGCUUGAGAAGUUUGAUGGCGUCAGUGCAGGGAAAUACACGAUCGGUCUGGGCCAGUCCAAAAUGGGCUUCUGUUCCGACAGAGAAGAUAUCAACUCGCUCUGCCUGACCGUCGUCCAGAGGCUGAUGGAGAGGAACAGCCUCUCGUACGACAGCGUCGGCAGGCUGGAGGUGGGGACGGAGACGAUCAUCGACAAGUCCAAGUCUGUGAAGACCGUCCUCAUGCAGCUCUUUGAAGAUUCUGGGAAUACGGAUGUGGAAGGCAUCGACACAACGAACGCCUGCUACGGAGGCACAGCAGCUCUCUUUAAUGCCGUCAACUGGGUGGAAUCGAGCUCUUGGGAUGGUCGCUAUGCGCUGGUGGUUGCUGGAGACAUAGCCGUUUAUGCCACGGGUAGUGCCAGGCCGACUGGAGGAGCUGGAGCUGUGGCCAUGCUGGUGGGACCAAAUGCCCCUCUAGUACUGGAAAGAGGCCUGCGUGGGACGCACAUGCAACAUGCGUAUGAUUUCUACAAACCCGACAUGGUGUCUGAGUAUCCCGUCGUGGACGGGAAGCUUUCCAUUGAGUGUUACCUGAGCGCGCUGGAUCGCUGCUACUCUACCUACCGCAAGAAGAUUCAUGCCCAGUGGCAAAAAGAGGGAAAUGAUAAACCCUUCACCCUGAAUGACUUUGGUUUCAUGGUCUUUCACUCUCCUUACUGCAAGCUUGUCCAGAAAUCUCUCGCCCGUUUGUUAUUAAAUGAUUUCAUUAGCGAUCCCAAUCCAAACACAGAGGAUGGGGUUUACCUUGGCUUGGAUGCCUUCCGGGAUGUAAAACUGGAAGACACUUAUUUUGACAGAGAUGUGGAGAAGGCUUUUUUGAAGGCCAGCUCUGAGAUUUUCAAUGAGAAAACCAAAGCGUCUCUGCUAGUGUCCAGGGAAAAUGGGAAUAUGUACACGCCGUCCGUGUAUGGAUGCCUCUCCUCUGUGCUUGCUCAGUACACAUCACAGCAGUUGGCAGGGCAGAGGAUCGGAUUAUUUUCGUAUGGAUCAGGCUUUGCUGCUACUCUGUAUUCUAUUAGAGUUAGUCAAGAUGCAAUGCCAGGUUCAUCUCUGGACAAGGUGACCUCAAGUCUGUCUGAUCUGAAGGCGAGACUGGACUCCAGGAAGAAUGUCUCACCCAGUGUCUUUGCAGAAAACAUGAAGCUAAGGGAAGACACACAUCAUUUAGCCAAUUAUAUUCCUCAGGGGUCUGUGGAUGACUUGUUUGACGGAACGUGGUAUCUGGUCCGUGUGGAUGAGAAGCACAGGAGAUACUAUGCCCGCAGUUCUUUGAUGAGCGAUCGGCCAUUGGAUGCAGCCCUGGAAUCCGUCCACGCAAGCAGUGCUAAUGAGCAUUUUCCAAGCCCCGCCAAGAAGGUCCCAAGAAUCCCCGGAGCAUCUGAAGCCGAGGCCAUCUCUGUUAGCAACGGAGAACACUGAUAAACCUCUGGAUCCAUGAAAUGUAAUCAAUCGGCACCUUUUAUUUGUAUGAUACGUGCAGCGCUAAGGAACCUACAGCUGUAACACGUGACAAGGAUGUACAGACCAAGUGCUUUAUACUCCUCGUUUCAUCUGUCUGCAAAGGCUUACUAUUUUCUCUUAUUUAAAAGGGAUGGUGAGGUAUCUCUAUUGGUUUGGAUGUCUCAAUGAGCAAUUCAGUCCCCCUGUGACAUUGGGGAGUUGGUCCUGUGUGGCUGUUUUUACCCAUGCUUACUCUACUGUGCUUGGAUAACUAUAGCUGACUGCCUCUCAUCAGCUGUUGGCCCCAGAGGUGGCUGCAUGAACACCUCUGACUUGUAAUUGUGAUGCACCUUACAAUAUGCGGGUGGGAUGGGAAUUAUUGUUUUGAAGAACUGAUCCCGUAUGUCCUUGUUUUACAAUACCUGUGUGUUGUAUUUAGUCUGACACGAACCAAGUACCUCACAUAUUUAUUUCUACAUGACUUAAUCGUCUUGGUGUUGCAGAUACGGUCAUUUGAUUAUCUAAACUCACCGCGCAGAUGCAUUUAAGAUCACAUUGGUGCUAAAUUGAUGGGCAAGAGCUCAACUAGCUUGUAAAAAUGUAGAGAAGAUCCUGUAAAGUUUGGUGUGUUUUCUUUUUAAUUGUGUUAAUCUUACCGUGUAUAAUGUUUCGUAUGACUUCAGAUAAUUGUAUUGAAGGGAAUUUUAGACAACUGUGUAACUGGGUAGAGAAGGUUACCCAACCAUACCAAGGUUUUAGUGUAAUGUGGUAGGUGAACAUCACUGCUGUUUUUACUUACAGUAUAAUUUUAUUUUUGAAUAUUUUUUUUCUUUUUUUCAUGCCACAACUUCUCAUUUUGUACAGUUUCCAGAUUCCCAAAUUUACAAAUACACUAAUGUAAUAUUCUUAAGGCAAUGUGGUGGUCGAAUAUGGGACAAUUGUAAAUUUUAAUACAAAUGGAACAAAAUGGUUAAACGAAUGAAAUUCCUUCUAAUAAGAAGGUACCGAGAUAUUCGCAAGUGAUGUAAAAACUUUAACAAAUAAAGUUGUGUUUUUUUCACGAU